CCCCCAGUAUCUCAGUCUCAAACGACGUCGUAAAACGCUCAAAAUGGCUUCAACGUCCGACGCCGGCAGCGGCGUAGCUACCGGAAGAAUAAGAUCUCACACAUCGGCGCUGUACUCCGACAAUCAAUCCCUCAUUCGUGAAAUUAGGAAGGCUGUUGCUACGAUGAAGGAUAUCGCGGUUGGCUUUGAGAGAGAUGAGAGAACUGAAAUGGUAAAGGAUCUUGAAGCUGGUGUUAUUCAGUUGUUGGCAGCAUCUGAUGAGUGCAUGCAUCUUUCUGAGGCAAUUCAGUCGAUAGGUGAUGAAUUAGAGCCUGGGCCAGAGCCAACAAAUUUUAAGAGGAAGUUUGAUGAAGAAAUUGCAAAAUCAAAGGCUAGAUCAUCGUCUAACGCUCAGAACCAGCCUUUGUUGAGACAAUUCCGGGAAGCCAUCUGGCAUGUUCAUCAUGCAGGACAGCCACUGCCAGGUGACGAGCAGGAGGACAUUAUAAUGACCAGUACACAAUGCAACCUUCUGAAUAUGACUUGCCCAUUAAGUGGAAAGCCUGUUACUGAACUUGCAGAUCCAGUUCGUAGCAUGGACUGCAAGCAUAUAUACGAUAAGAAGGCUAUUAUGCAGUACAUGAAGUCCAAAAACACACGUGGUCAAUGUCCUGUUGCAGGUUGUCCGAAAAUUCUUAAGGCACAGAGGGUGUUAUGUGACCCUUUCUUGCUUAUAGAAAUUGAUGAAGUCCGCUCCAUGAGUAAACAAAAUGCUGAUGCAAUAGAGGAUUUUACUACAUUUGAUGAAGAGGAUUGAGGAUUGAGGAUUUUGAGGCCCUGAUGGAUUGUUAACCCUCUAAGUUAUUCAGAUAUUCAGGGUUGUACUCAUGAACAGCUUAUGUUUUUGCGAAACAAGAAAGCAAUGGGAAAGCCUUGUUUUAAUCUUUUGGAAGUUUGGGACACAACUAUUUUGAUUCUCUUUUUCCAAGAGGGGAAAAUGAAUAUUUGAAAUUCUUAGAAAGGAAUAACCUGUGCAUUCUUGUAUAAAUUGUAAAUGGACCAUUUUUCUUACAUAACUUUGACAAUC